GCUAGCGAAAAAAAACUUGAAGAAGUAGCCCAACACGCUACCCGUCUCUCGGAAGAAAACGAAAAGUUACGAGCGAAAGAAGAAGAACGAAACCUUGGAUUACAUGUACUGCAAAAUGAAUAUCGUGAACUUCUGCGUACGAACAAGAGUAUCGAACUUGAGAAGAACACCAAAGAAGCCAAACUAAAGAGCUUAGAAGCCGAACGGGCUUCACUUCGUGCCCGAUUGGAUAAAGCGACGGCAGAUUCCAGUCGCAUCCGAUCGGAGGCGGAUCGGGAAGUUCGAGAAUUGCGUGAUCAGUUGGCGGAGGGCAAAGCAAAACUCGCUUCGAUGGCUGCUGCUAUCGCUACUGCCCCGCCACCAGGCCCAAGCCCAGAUUUGGUGCGAGCUCAGGAAAUGGCUCAAGUAAGUCAACUUUUUUGUUUCAAUCGUAAAUUUCUUUUAUUUUUAUUUUUUCAUGAGUUAUUCUGUUAA